GUGAAUGGCUCACAGCUCUGAGAUCCGCUGUGUGCGUGUUGGUGAAAGAACAUGUGGUCGCGCAGGAGGACGCAGCAGAAACCAGCGUCUCCCUGACGAGGUCCGUCUUGUCUCCGCACUUCAGUGUUGCGUCUUUUCUUUUCUUUUUGUCCGUCUGCAACCUGCGGGGUGAAGGCUCUCGUUUGGAAACGGCUCGGAGGAUGUCUGGGGCAGCUGGGAAUGUGGAUUGCGAGGAAUGUUUGUCUUCGGCACAAGUGGCCGAGAGCGCGGAGUCACAACCGCACCCCAUCGUGGAUGAUGACGACGAACUUCUGAGAUACAUCUGGAGGGAGUACUUACACCCCAAGCAGUAUGAAUGGGUUCUUAUUGUGGCUUACAUUAUUGUCUUCUUCGUCUCACUCAUCGGGAACUCGUUGGUUUGUUUUGCAGUGGGGAGAAACCGCCACAUGCGCACGGUGACGAACUACUUCAUAGUGAAUCUCUCCUUUGCCGACGUCUUGGUCACCAUCAUCUGCCUGCCUGCCAGUCUUGUGGUGGACAUCACAGAGUCCUGGUUCUUUGGAAACACUCUUUGCAAAGUUGUGCCUUAUCUGCAGACCAUCUCUGUUUCUGUAUCAGUCCUAACGCUUAGUUGCAUUGCCCAAGACCGUUGGUACGCUAUCUGCCACCCGCUGAUGUUCAAAAGCACAGCCAAGAGGGCUCGCAAGAGUAUUGUUGUCAUCUGGGUUGUGUCGUGCAUCAUCAUGAUCCCUCAGGCUAUUGUGAUGGAGUGCAGCAGCCUGGUGCCAGAAUUAAUAAACAAGACCAGCCUGUUCACAGUGUGUGAUGAACAUUGGGGAGCUGAGAUCUACCCAAAGGUGUAUCACACCUGUUUCUUCCUUGUCACAUACAUUGCACCCUUAUGUCUCAUGGUCCUGGCGUAUAUCCAGAUAUGUCACAAGCUGUGGUGUCAACAGAUUCCUGGAAACACAUCAGUUUUGCAGAGAAAGUGGAGGUCCAUUCAGUGCUCAGCUCCAGCAGUGGGAGAGGCCGUGAGGGUCAGAACCAGCACGGUUUGUGCUGAGAUCAAACAGGUCAGAGCCAGACGCAAGACCGCUCGCAUGCUGAUGGUGGUGCUCUUUGUUUUCGCCGUGUGCUACCUGCCAAUCAGCGUGCUCAACGUCAUGAAAAGAGUCUUUGGGACUUUCAAGAAAACGGACGACAGAGAAACAGUGUAUGCAUGGUUCACCUUCUCGCAUUGGCUCAUAUAUGCCAACAGUGCAGCAAAUCCCAUCAUCUACAAUUUCCUCAGUGGGAAGUUCCGUGGGGAGUUCAAAGCAGCCUUUUCCUGCCACGGAGAAAAUGAAACUCAGAGGAAGAGGCCGAGAGCGAGUACAGACAGUCGGAAGUCACUGUCAACUCAAGUCAACAUGGACAACGUCUCACGCAUAUCCGAUCACAUUGUCUGAUCUCAUCAUCCAGGUGGGGCGUUGUAUUUACACGUUCAUCAUUAAGGUGGACAUUAACAUGUUUAAACAUAUGAAAAAAGGAAUUUGAGUAGCAUAAAUUAAUGUCUCAAAGUUAGAGUUUAAUGUUUUUCGCUCUGGAGAACCAUCCAUCCACUUUUUACAAAGACCUUCUCACCCCUUUUGAAGGAUCUCAAACUUACAAAGUCACGUCACACACAGAAACAUUUAUUUAUUAUCUAUGGACACCAGUUGAAUGGUAGGACUAAAUAUCUGAUGAAUUUAUUUUAGGUUAAGUGAGAUCAUUUUGACUGCACAUGAAUACCUUUAUUAUAUUAUAAAUUCUAUCUUUUGUCUGUAUGACUUUAAAAGUUCCCAGAUUCUGUAAUUCUGAGUAUUUAUUCAUAUAUAGUAUAUAUGUAGUAUUUUUAUUUAUUUUACAACAGAAGGGUAGGUGUAGAAGUUGAUGUUUUACAACUAAUCACAUUUUAAGUGUGUCUACCUCAUUAAUUAAAAUCGGAAGUCAUGACAACCAAGAACUUUAAUAGACUACACAUAUACAUCUUCAAGAAAAGUUUUUAAAAAAGGGCCUUCACAACAACAGAACUCAAGUAUGUGUAAUGCUAAAAUGUUUGGAUAUUCAUCCUGUGCAUAAUUGUAAUAUCAAUUUCUUGCCAUGGACAUGUGACAAGUAUAACAUUCUGGUCUUAAUCAACAACCACAAUCGUUUGAGAUGAAGGUCUUUGAAGCAAAAUCUUGUCAAACUUGACUUGAGCCAUCAAGGUAGAGUGUUUUUCUGAAUAAGCAAAAAGCUGACAUAUUCAUCUUUAAGAAUAAAAGAUUAAUUUACAGUUGGUAAAAAAUCCAGCUGUGAAUUUUGCUGUUUAAAUUGACUAACUUAAUAAGGUGCUGAAUACAACUAAAGUCAGUCAAUAAACUGCCAGGGAGCAGCUGGCAUUAAAGACUGAAUGUGCAAUGUUUCAGUCUUGAACAUGUUUCUCUUUCUUUAUAAUUGUUACUUGGAUUGUGAAACUCAACCACACUCCAUUUGGUUCUCGGCUAUUUGAGACGUACUGAAAAGUUUCCUCAGAGAAUAAACGCACCAGACGUCUGUACGGAUUCUCAACAUGCAUUAAUCUCAUGAAUAUUCACUACUAGCACAUGGAUGCCUGACUGUUGAAUAAUUGAUUGUAAAGGCAUCUUAUACAACAGCAUCUGGGAGCAACCUUAAGGGGAAGUAAACGCACAUUUUUAAACAUGAGUCUAGAACAAAAGGUACAGUCAAACUUUAUAUGCCAGCAGUUUGUGGAGGCAGGUAUAAAACCACCAAAUAGGAGAAAAUGUUAAAGCAGCGCCUUUGGGAUGUUCAUGUAAAUCCCAGUGCAUUCAAAGAAAAUAACAUUGGUGUUGGUGGUAUAACACCAUUUCUGUAAUCUUUUACACAGAGAAACUCACACAGACAGCAAAAAUGAAGCGAAUGAAGACAAAAAAUGGAUACACUAAAGAAAACUAGUAUUAAUCAUCAUUGCAUUCCGCAGUAUAGUGACUCUGUUAAAACACCUCUUCUCAUAUAGAGUGUGAUCUCUAGUCAAAUUAAACUUAUCAGCAGCAAUGAAAAUAGGAUUACAUGAAGGAAUUGCACAAAACAAGAAAAACUAUAACAGGAAACCGAUGCUCAAACUGUUGGUUUCAUUUCUUUUCAGAGACUUGUGGGCAAAACGAAAGUUGAUGUCGCUAAUUGGCAACAUGCUAGUUUGGCUUGAUUGCAUUAUAUCUCUUUGACUGUGUAUUAAAAAAACAAGAUGCUAUCCCAAAAGAGCGACUAAACCAAACCCUUGUUUUAACUGAAAACCAUGCCGAAAUGGGUUCGCAGUAGAUGGUAAAACACACCUAUUGAAAUUCAAUUACUACUUGUUUAUUUCUAGAGUUUGAAAGCACUGGUUUCUAUCACUAAUCUGAUGUUCUGACUGGAUCUGUACAAAAUUCUCCACUCCAGUCUUAAAAUAUAUUGCAUCAAAAAUCUGAGUGUUAAAAAUUGUCAAUAAUGUAAAUGUAUAUUUUUGGAUGAAAAUGGAUUUCCGUAAAAUUUCCUCUCUAUGUCAUUGGCUUGUAAUUAUUUAUUAUUUCUGUAGACAAAACGUAUUGUAUCUAGAAGUUACUGUGUAUUUUUUUGGCGGAUUUGUUGAUAAAAGAUCAUUUAUUAAUGGAAAUUAAUGAAUACGAUAUUUGGAUUUUUACAAACUUUUGAUGUUCAAGGGUUGUUAAAUAAGUAGCUAACUAUGAAUCCAAAUGGUAUAUUUCUUUAACCUGCAGAUUUUGCUGAUUUUGCAGAUUUUGCAGGUUUGCAGGAUUUUAUUUAGAAUUCGAAUUUGCUUGUUUUUGGGUGUGAAUGUCCGAAACAUUAAAAAAGCAUUUUCAUUGAUAUUGCAUUUGCGAGACAAAAAUAAAUGUUGUUCAAUGCAUUCAACAGGAAUCAGGAUAAUUUAUUACCAAUAUUUGUUGGCCAUACAAGGAAUUUGAAAUGGCUGUUGGUGUAUAACAUCGGACAGUAAAUGAGUGCAUGUAUGUAAUGUAAUUUACUUAUUAAUAAUUCCACUGUUACGAGGCAGAGAGUCAUCAACUUCUUUCAUUAUGUGGUCUCAACUUGAUAUUUUAAGACUUUUUUAGUUCCUUGACAUGAUGUUUUGGUCCUUGUGAACUUUCAAAAUGUGUUUACUAGUUGUUAAUUCCUCAGUCAUUUCUUCUUCUUCUAUUUUAUCAAUAAAGUAUAUAUAGUUAC